UUGUGUUCAAGAGACAUGUUUGUGUAACGCGUAAGUACUUCUUUGUGUUUAAGUGAAGAAGUUGUACGGAACAGCGACGUUUCUGAAAGUAAGACAGCGGUGUGUGGGCAGUGAAUGAUUUUACGUUAUCUUCUCAUUGUUCUGCUGGUUGGAUACCGGGGAAAUUAACCAAUCAAACAGAAGAAAGGAAUUUAAGGCAAAAUGGACCUGGCAGGACAGACGCGAAGAAGGGCGUGAUAAAUGAGUUUUCAGAUGGCGUGUGGUUAAAGAGCUAUAGAGUCGCCAAUUCGUUUUCUGGAGAAAAGCAGCUGUUCUCUUGUUUCAAACGACUCGCAGAUGUUUUGAUGCCGUGAAUUCUUCUGGAGUAUUUAUAAAGCCGAUCAGAUAUGAGUUCCACGUGUCGUUCUGCAGACCAGAUUCAGGUUACCUCUCAGGCACAGGAAGUGCGAAAAAGUGAACUCAGCAUAGCAUCAGCACGGGCAUCGGUUAUGGUGUAUGAUGACAUCAAUAAAAAAUGGAUUCCAAGUGGAACAUCAUCUGGUUUGUCAAAGGUUCAUAUUUACCAGCAUCAAGUGAACAACACAUUUAGAGUAGUUGGUCGCAAACUACAAGAUCAUGAGGUUGUUAUUAACUGUGCCAUUCUGAAAGGUCUGAAGUACAAUCAAGCAACUGCAACAUUCCAUCAAUGGAGGGACAAUAAACAAGUGUAUGGACUGAACUUCAGCAGUAAAGAAGAUGCUGAUUCAUUUGCAAGAGCUAUGGCUCAUGCCCUAGAUAUCCUAGGUAACGCUCUGUCUAGGUCUCUAGGACAGCCUCCUUCUGUCUCAAGCACACAACCAAUCUACCAAGUCUCCAGUAAUGGGCAAUAUGAGGAGGACAUGGGAUACAGUAAGACGCUAUGCCUUCCUCGAGUGUCCCUUCAUCAACAGAUGCCAUGCAGUGUUGCAAUAGCAUCACGAAUCCCAAGUCCUGGCGGGGGGACCAGUUCGAGGACAAUGACAAGGGAAGAUGUAGCAAUCAUUCAAGAAAGAAGAAUGUCAACACAACAGCCACAACAAGAACAGCAACAACAACGUCAACAGCUUGUCGGUGGCGGCUCUUCACCAGGAAGCUCAUCACCCAGUAGCACUGGUGGGCCGCCUCCUUGUCAACCACCACAGCCCCCACAUCCUCCUGGGUCUGGUCUUCCUCCGGGUCACCAUAGGGCAUCAUCGGCGCCGCCGGCUCCUCAGCCCCAACCACCUCAGGUGGCUCUCCAACAGCAGACGCCUCCCGGUGGUGCUCCACCAAUUACGACUGUUGGCGGCCCACCUGCACCUCCCCCGGCACCACCUGCUCCCCCUGCACCACCGUGUCCUCCAUGGCUGGGUGGUGGUUUACCUUCCUCAAAUGUGCCGCCAGCUCCUCCUGCACCCAGUGCGGCACCACCUCCACCACCACCACCUCCAGCUCCAAAUGUCACACGAUCUUCUAGCAAUGAUGGGCAAGAACAGGGAUCGUCUCUUGCUGCCCAGCUUCAAAGUGCUAAGCUACGCCGUUCGAGCAAGCAAUCAGCUGAAAACAGUGGAUCAAGUACCAGUAGCAGUGGUAGCAGUAACUAUGGAACUAUUGGGCGCAGUGGCAUGGCCAGCAUGACUAGUAUGAUGGAUGAGAUGGCAAAGACACUGGCUCGCCGCAGGAAAGCUGUUGAGAAGAAAGAGCCUGCAGAAGCACAGGAUAGUGAUGCUAGUCAGGACAAAAAGUCAUGGGACAAAAGUGCUGGCAAUGGAAAGUUUGCCAAUGGUUCUGGGUCAGAAUCACCGAAGCCUUCUAGAAAACGCUUUGGAUCCUCUUCAGAAGAACAAGGAAUGAAAGUUAAUGGCGUACAAGAAGGCACAGGCACUGGCUGCACUGACCUAGAGAGCUUGAAACAAGAAAUACUCAGAGAAAUGAAGAAGGAAAUGAACAAAAUGAAACAAGAUAUAAUAGAUGCUUUGAGACAGGAGCUUAACAGAAGAUAAUGGCCGCUACUUAAAAAGUCUCCAAGUUCCUAAGCCAGGUCAUUUGGUGCUCCCUUCUCUUCCACACCCUUUGUCGAUUUGGCUUUUUGCGGCCUAUGUCGCAGAGUUAAUCACUGCUUUUUUGUAUGUGGCCAACAUAUGUUGGAGGAAGAGGCAGUUGUAUCAUUUCUCUACAGGCUCAGUGCUGUUCCCCCAUACUCCAGCCAUAUAAAUUCCAAGUGAUUAGUAGUAUAUGUAAAAGUGGAAAAUAUUUAAUGGUGAUAAUAUUCAGUCUGCUGCAGUAUGAGAAACAAUUUCAGUCAAACUUGCAUACUAUUUACUUUCCAUAUUUUUUAAAUAAAGUAUUUGUUUACAUUUCAGUACUGAUAUUUAUUUUUAAUGUGAAUAAAUGUAUCAUAACAUUCACUAUGUGUUUUGGUUGUAUCAUGGAUUUUCUGCUUCAGUGGGAACAUGUGUCUGAUAUUUACUCUUUUUUGUAGACUGUUGAAAUCUCAUUGCAAAUAAAUGUUGUGGGAUGUGGCA